UUGAAACCUCCGCUUUCAGAGAGAGCGAGAGAGAGAGACUGAGCGCCUAGCAUGCGCGGCCUGGGCGCUCUCUCGAGGGUAGCGCAGCAGCAGCAGCGCCUCUUCCGCUUCCUGCGGCCUAGCGCUGUCGCCCUGGCAACCGAGGCCUCCUCCUGCGGCCUAGCCGGGAUGGACGAGGCCUUCCGCCGCGCCGUGGAGUUGCGGGGCGAGGAGUUCAUGCGCUGCUACGGCGCCCUGGAGGAGGCCGGGGAGGCGCGCGCCGAGGUGCUGGGCCGCCUGGCCAGGGACUUCGGCGUGGAGCACGGGCGCGUGGCCGAGGCCUGCGCGGAGGUGGCACGGCUCCAGGCCCGGGGAGAGGCCUUAGGCGAGGCCGGGGCGCUGCUCCAGGCCGAGGGCCGGCUCCGGCGCCUCCUCACGCCGCGCUACCGGGGCCUCUUCCUCCAACUGGGCCGCAAAGGGGAGGGCGGCCUCCGCUUCCUGGUCCGACUCCGCCGGGAUCUCCUCGCCGCCCUCGGCACCACCAACGCCCCGGCCCCGCACCUCCGGGAAAUGAACAGUGUGCUAAAGGAUAUGCUGUCGGAGUGGUUUUCCACAGGUUUCCUCAGCUUGGAACGAGUUACGUGGCAGUCGCCUUGUGAGAUACUGCAGAAGAUUAGUGAUAGUGAAGCUGUGCAUCCUGUGAGAAACUGGUUGGACAUGAAGCGGCGCGUUGGGUCUUACAGAAGGUGCUAUUAUUUUGUUCACCGUGCCAUACCUGGAGAGCCACUGAUUGUGCUGCAUGUUGCGCUUACGGAUGAGAUUUCCAGCAGCAUCCAGGCCAUCGUGAAAGAGGCCCCUUCCCUAGAAGUGGAGGAUGCGAACAAAAUCACCACAGCCAUUUUCUAUUCCAUCAGUUCGACUCAACAAGGGCUGCAGGGUGUGGAGCUGGGGAGCCACCUGAUCAAGCGGGUUGUGGCAGAACUGCAGAUGGAGUUCCCCCAGAUCAAGGUCUUUUCUACUCUGUCUCCCAUCCCGGGCUUCACCAAGUGGCUCGUCGGCCUCCUUUCCUCAAUGUCUAAGGAAAGCGCCCGAAGCAACCCUUUCACGGACCCCGAAUAUCGAGAAAUCGGUGAGAUCACCGGGGACCCCGUGACCGAAACCCUCAAGCGCCUGUUGACGAACAAUGAGUGGGUGAGGUCUGAGAGACUGGUCCGGGCGCUACAGGCACCGCUCUUGAGGCUGUGCGCCUGGUAUUUGUACGGGGAGAAGCACCGUGGCCAUGCGCUGAACCCCGUGGCGAACUUCCACCUUCAGAACGGAGCCGUGUUGUGGCGCCUGAACUGGAUGGCAGACACGAGCCCUCGGGGCAUCUCCGCCUCUUGUGGCAUGAUGGUCAACUAUCGCUACGUUUUGGAGGACACAGCUAGCAACUCUGCCGCUUACCUCGGAUCGAAGCACAUUGAGGCCUCGGAGCAGGUCCUCUCCUUGGUCGCUCAGUUCCAACAGAAUAGCAAACUUUGAAUAUGUGGGCCGGGCUUUAGCACAGCUGAUUAAUCACGAAAAGCAAUAAAUUAUUGCCAACCAAAAGGUGCCAAGUUCGAAGCCCGGGUCGGAGUGAGCACCCGACCGUCAGCUCAGCUCACUGUCCACCUAAGCAGUUCGAAAACAGCUGAGUUGUGAGUAGAGAAAUUAGGCACCACUUAAAGUGGGGAGGUAAUAAUUAUAAUUUUAUUUAUUUUGACCAGUCACAUGACCAUUUCAAAAUACAACACUAUUAAAAACAAGGCAAAGAGGAGGAGAGGAUGGCAGCUGACCUUCUAUUUACAGUCAAAAUCUUAUUUUCCUGAUUCUCCUUUCAGGAAAUGUGCUCUUUUCUUGGUAGCUUUCAGAAUAAAAAGGCUGACUCUGA